AUGGCCUCCUCCCUCCCCGCGCCGCCGGCCCCGCCCACAUCCUCCUGGCGCGGACCCACGCCCCGCCGCCCUCCGCCCCGCUGCGGUCCCCUCCUCGCCCGCGCGGCGGCGAGUUCUUGCCGUUACCGCUUCCGGACCGACGACGACGGCGUGGUGGACGUGGCCGUCGCCGGGAAAGACGGCGCUGCGGGGUACGCGGUCGCUGUCGAGGCCCCUUCCCAUGGACGGAGCGGCGGUCUGGUGCUCCGCGCCGCCGGCUCCGGCGAGGGCGUCCCUCUGGCCCCUACCGCGCCGGGAGGCGCGCUCGCGGCUGAGCUGUCCUACGGCGGGGCCCGCGCGCCGUUCCACGUCUCGUUCACGCUGGCCGACGCGACGGGAGCGGAGAUACGGACGCACCGCGGGACGAGCUUCCGCGUGCCUGUGGGCGUCGGACGGGGCUGCCCCUCGCCGCUCGGCCUGUCCCUGUCCAAGAACGAGGCCGCUAACUUCGCGGUUUACAGCAAGAGCGCCAAGGGCAUGGUGCUCUGCCUGUUCGGAGGCGGCGGGGACGAGCCCGCACUGGAGAUCGAGCUCGACCCGUACGUCCACCGGACAGGCGAUGUCUGGCAUGUCUCGAUGGAGAGCGUGAAGGGAUACGACAGUUACGGCUUCCGCAGCGGGCUGUUCGCCAUGUUUGGCAUUGACCGCCCGCUGCUCGACCCGUACGCCAAGCUUGUAAUUUUGCUUUAUAUAGAAAUGAAACAUCAAGAGAAAAGCUGUCGCUUGCAGCACCAAAAACAUUUUGCUUCCUCUGUGUUCGCGUGUGUCCACCCUCUCCCUAUCGGAAUUCUGUCAGCCGUCAGGUGCCUCGCGUCCUUGAAGAAUGCACCCACCUACAAUUGGGGCAGGGACAAGCACCCGUGCUUGCCAUUGGAGAAGCUGGUGGUCUACCGGGCAAAUGUGGCUUUGUUCACCAAGGACAGGUCGAGUGGGCUGGCAGACGAUGUCGCCGGUACUUUCUCUGGCAUGGCUGCGAAGGUGAAGCACUUCAGGCAUCUUGGUGUCAAUGCAGUCUUGCUGGAGCCAGUGUUCCCAUUCCACCAAGUGAAGGGACCAUAUUUUCUGUACCAUUUCUUUUCACCUAUGAGCCUGUAUAGCAGUGAACGCUCCAGUGUUUCAGCUAUCAAGUCUAUGAAGGAUAUGGUCAAAACAAUGCACAGAAAUGGAAUAGAGGUUCUCUUGGAGGUUGUUUUCACGCAUACUGCUGAAGGAGGAGCAGAGUGUCAGAUGAUAUCGCUCCGAGGCAUUGAUGGUUCCUCGUACUACAUUGCUGACGGAAUUGCUGGAUGCAAGGCAAGUGUGUUGAAUUGCAACCACCCGGUGACUCAGAAGCUCAUUUUGGACAGCCUCCGCCAUUGGGUGCUUGACUUCCAUGUUGAUGGGUUCUGCUUCAUCAAUGCCCCUUUCCUUGUCAGAGGUCUAGGUGGUGAGGGCCUUUCACGGCCUCCACUUCUUGAAGCCAUAGUAUUUGACCCUGUUCUUUCAAAGACUAAGAUCAUUGCAGAUCCUUGGUCUCCGCUUGACAUAUCUAAUGUGCAAUUCCCAUUCCCUCAUUGGAAAAGAUGGGCUGAGAUGAACACAAAAUUCUCUAUGGAUGUGCGCAAGUUUCUUAAGGGAGAAGCACUAAUCAGUGAUCUUGCUACACGUUUGUGUGGCAGUGGGGACUUAUUUUCCUCAAGGGGCCCAGCAUUUUCGUUCAAUUAUGUAUCCAGGAAUUCUGGACUCACUCUUGUUGAUCUAGUGAGUUUCAGCUGUGAUGAGUUUGGUUCUGAGUUCAGCUGGAAUUGUGGUGAAGAAGGACCAUCAGAGAACAAUGCAGUCCUUCAAACGAGGCUAAGGCAGAUACGCAAUUUCUUGUUUAUUCUAUUUAUUUCCCUUGGUAUUCCUGUUCUUAACAUGGGAGAUGAAUGUGGACACUCUGCUGCUGGUUCAACAUCAUACAAGGAUAGAGGGCCUCUGAACUGGAAAGCCUUGAAGACAGCUUUUGUUAAGGAAGUUACCGGGUUUAUUUCAUUUCUAUCUGCACUAAGGAGUCGACGAGCAGACAUUUUCCAGAGAAGAGAAUUUCUAAAACUUGAAAAUAUACAUUGGUAUGGGAGUGAUUUAUCUGAACCACGUUGGGAGGAUCCUACUAGCAACUUUCUUUGCAUGCACAUAAAUGCGGAGCUGGAUGAGAAGCUGCCAGAUUCAACUGGAGGUGAUUUGUAUAUCUGUUUCAAUGCAAACGAGGUGUCAGCGAGUGCUACUUUACCAGCUAUUACAGAAGGAUCCAUGUGGCUGCGCUUGGUUGAUACAUCACUUGCAUUUCCAGGUUUCUUUUCAAGAGAGUCUAGUCCUGAAAUACACCAAAUGCUAGGAUUUUCCUCGUAUCAAGUGAAGGCACAUAGUUGUGUUUUGUUUGAAUCAAAGAGGGUUCUUUCCUAG